AAAAAAUGGGCUUAUUGCGGCUCAACGCGGAUGCACUUAUUGAUUACCAAAAUAAUAAUAUGUUUUAGUACGUUAUGUAACUGGGUUUGAAAAAAAUGGCUGCGCCCACAAGCAAGAGUUUGGAGUUUCCAAAAUUGCAAAAUGAUCUCAUAAUACGAGCUGCAAGAGGAGAAAAAACUGAGCGUGUUCCAGUUUGGGCUAUGCGUCAGGCUGGCAGAUAUCUUCCAGAGUUUCGUGAGAUGCGUGCAGAGCAUGAUUUCUUUAACGUUGUACAGACGCCAUCACUGGCAUGUGAGAUUACACUUCAGCCUAUUAGACGUUUUCAACUAGAUGCUGCUAUUAUUUUUUCUGACAUCUUGGUCAUUAACCAGGCACUAGGGAUGGAAUGUGUUAUGGUACCUGGCAAGGGACCAACUUUUCCUAAUCCUAUUGUAGAGCCGGAUGAUCUGAAGAAGCUAAACAAGGAUGUUGAUGUGAAAGAGAGACUGAAUUACGUAUUUUCCGCUAUAACAUUAACCAGACAAGAACUAAAGGGAAAAGUCCCUCUCAUAGGUUUUGCUGGGGCACCUUGGACUCUAAUGGCUUACAGUAUAGAAGGAGGAGGAUCAAACACAUAUGCCAAAUCCAAGAAGUGGCUUUACACUCACAUUGAUGCUAGCCACCAGUUUCUUCAAAUGCUCACAGAUGUCAUUGUACCCUACCUUGUCUGCCAAGUAGAGGCAGGUGCUCAACUUCUACAAGUAUUUGACUCCCACGCUGGAAUCUUAGGUAAAGAUAUAUUCUGUGAAUUUGCUCUUCCAUACUUGAAACAAAUUGCUACAAGAGUCAAAGAAUCACUCAGGACAAAGUCUAUAGAACCUGUUCCAAUGAUUGUUUUUGCAAAAGGUGCCCACUAUGCACUAGAAGAACUAAACAACAGUGACUAUGAUGUUGUAAGCCUAGAUUGGACAAUACUACCUCAGCAGGCAAGGAGCCUCACUCCUAAUGUCAGUCUUCAAGGCAACUUAGAUCCCUGUGUAAUGUACUGCACCAAGGAAGUCAUUCAAGCUAAAGUCGAGAAGAUGCUUUCAGAGUUUGGUUCCCAAAGGUAUAUCGCAAACUUGGGGCACGGAAUGUACCCAGACUUCAUGCCAGAGAGCCUGGAAACAUUUGUAAACUCAGUCCACGAGAUAUCAGAGAAAAUGAACCAAUGAAAAUUAUUCUUAGGAGAAUCAGUGGCAAUUUGAUUAAUAUUGCUAUAUAGAAUUUUUUAUACAUGAUUUAUAUAACAAUAUUUUUAUAUACUUUAAAAAUAUUAAGUGUAUUUUAAUUUUAUUCAGAACACAAUUAUCAAUGUGAUGAAUGAACAGGAUCAGAAUAGCAAAUCUAAUCACUACACAAGAACUAUUUACUUAUUUAUUUAUAUUUCUUGUUUAUACUCAGAAAACUAUUGGGUAUCUAACUACAGUUCUCCCUCUGUUCCCAGUUAUGCUGUCCAUACAAUCAAUCUGAUCAUCAUGGCCAUAAACAGACAAAUCACAAUUUUUGUCGCAUAAAACUUGGUAGUGUACGCAUUAGAAAUAAACAUGAUUUUUUAAAUUGAACUGAACGGUAAGCAUCUAUAAGCUGCAGUUUCAGUAUUAAGUAUAAAUAUACUACCAAAGUUUUAUAAUGUUGAUUUUCAAAAAAAAAAUAAAUAAAUAAAGGAGUUUGAAGUAUUAAAAGAAGUAAAUAGAAAUUCAUUUGCGAAGGGAAUCUACUGGUAGUGUAGAAAAAAAAGUUUUUCUUAUCUAAAAUACAGUGAGUUUGAAAAAAAAAAUUGAAGUCAAUUUGUGCUGGUGCAGUGACACUUGAAUUGCAAGGCCUCUCACGUUUCAGAAGACUAAAGUCUUUUCAUUAAACAUACAGGUACUUAAUAUUUACAUUUAUACUCAACAGAGUCCAAAAGUCUGAAGCCAGUCAAAUAUAACAAUUGUAUAUAAUAACCAUUGAAACCAUAACUCUGGAGAAUAUGGUUUACAUUAGAAAAAAAAAACUAUUUUUAAAUCAAUAGUUUCAUUAUCUGUUGAUAUACUGAACAAAUUAACUUUCAAUGCAAUUAAUAAAGUGAUUUGAACUCGGAAAGAUGUAACGUGAUACA